UAAAACGGCUAAACAGGCCAACAGUGACAAUCUGUAAUUAUGUUUCCGAGAAAUCGCUUUUAUGAAGAAAACCACCAGGAUGGACAAAGAUCGUGAGAAGCCAAAGACCUAUGUGUCUACUUGCCGGUUUAUCCUCAAGCCUAAACCCAGACCUCUCUGUGUGGAGGGGCAGAGACAGGAUGGACUGCAUACCACUAACAGGACGUUAAUGAGAAACAACAAACUGGGAGUCUCAUCUGUAGAAGACUCCAGACUGACACCCGUCGUGGCGUUGGAAAAGCCCCGCUUUAAACAACCACUCAGGGACUGUACAGUCUGUGAAGGAAGCGAUGCUACUUUUCAAGGUGUUAUCACAGGAAGUCGGCCUCUGAGGGUUUCCUGGCAACACAAUGGUGAGAGGGUGCACUCAUGUAAUACUUCCUUCACCAAUGGUGUUGCCAGUCUGGCUCUGACUCAAUGUGUGCCUGGAGAUGCUGGGACGUAUACCUGCAUAGCUGAGAACACUGCUGGGAAACAGUCAAGCAGUGCUGUGUUACAUAUCACAGCAACAAAGAAAGUCCCCAGGACAAGCAACCGUGAGCGGCACAGUGAGGACACAAUCAAGGAUGGGUCACCUGGAAUCACUCGAUUGUCCUCAGCUUUUAAAGGGAAAAGCCACAACAAAGAAGACGACAACAAAGUCUUCACAGAUAUCAGAGAAAUCAACCUUCAAACAAAAGUCUCCCCUAGCAAAGGACCUCCUGUGGAGUUUUUAGACCCACCAGAGAAGGUGGAGGUUCGAGUAGGAGAACAGGCCCGGCUACACUGUGAGUUCAAGAGCAGCUGUGUUCCUGUGGUCUGCUGCUGGAUUUACAACAAAGACAAGGUGGUGGUAAGUGGGCCGAGGAUGUCCGUCCGGAGCAGUGAGACACAAAGCAGCGUGGAGCUCUCUCGGGCCUGUCCUGAUGACAGAGGCUCCUACACUGUCAUAGUACGAAACAGAAAAGGCUCUGGCAAGCACACAGUCACCCUCACUGUCGUAGACCGACCCCAGCCUCCGGCAUCCCAACCUGUCGUUUCCCAGCUGUCCACGCAGUCCGUCGUCCUGUCCUGGACGGGUCCCAGCUAUGACGGAGGCAUAGCUGUGUUGGGCUACAUCGUGGAGGUCAGACAAGAGGGACUGGACAAGCCUGGGAGCUGGACUGAAUUAACAAGCCAUUGUAAAAACACAUCAUUCCACGUCCUCUCAGGCCUGGAGCCUCUGGGGCAGUACCGCUUCCGUGUGAGAGCCUACAACUCUGCAGGGGUCAGCGAGCCAAGCCAGGAGUCGCAGUCUGUUAAGAUGGCGACUGCAAAAGAAAAGAAAGAAGAGCCUGCGUCAUAUGUCACAGUGACCAUUGACACCAAACACAAGGUCAAAGACCACUACAAUGUGCAUGAGAAGCUGGGAGUGGGGAAGUUUGGCCAGGUGUUCCGGAUGUCCCACAAGGAAACUGGUGAGGUGUGUGCGGGGAAGUUCUACCGAGCCCGAACUUCCAAGGACAGGCAGGCAGCUCGCAAAGAAAUUGAACUGAUGAACUGUCUUCACCACCCAAAACUGGUCCAGUGUCUGGCUGCCUAUGACACACGCUUAGAGAUGGUCAUGGUCCUGGAGUAUAUUGCAGGUGGGGAGCUCUUUCAACGCAUCGUGGAUGACAACUUUGAGCACACGGAGCCCACCAGUGCCCGCUACAUGCAGCAAAUUCUGGAGGGCAUGAAGUACGUUCACAAGCAGAACAUCAUCCACUUGGACCUCAAACCAGAGAACAUCGUCUGUGUGGAUACAACUGGGACACGGAUUAAGAUCAUUGACUUUGGCUUGGCUAGUAAAGUGGAGGAGGGUAAACCUCUGAUGGUGAUGCAUGGUACACCGGAAUUCGUGGCACCUGAGGUGAUCAACUAUGAGCCUGUAGGCCUGGAGACGGACAUGUGGAGCAUUGGCGUCAUCUGCUUCAUCUUGCUGAGCGGAGAAUCUCCCUUCCAGGGGAACAGCGAUGCUGAGACUUUGGCUCUUGUGACUGCUGCCAGAUAUGAGUUUGACGAGGAGAGUUUCGAGGACAUUUCUGAUCAAGCUAAAGACUUUAUCAGCUCCCUGCUGAAGAAAAAACAGAGAUGCAGGCUGUCAUGUGCUGAGGCCCUUGCCCACCCCUGGAUGGUCUCCUUUACCCCUCUGAACCGCAGGCCCACGAAGUCCCUCAAUAAGGAGAAGAUGAGACGCUUUUUGGCCAAGCGCAAGUGGAAGAAAACUGGCAAGGCUGUUUUGGCCCUACAGCGGAUGGCUAACCUCUCUCACAGGCCAGACUCUCCUGGCUGCUCCUCUGAGGAGCCAGGCUGGAGCCGAAAGGCGGAGGAGGCCAUACAGUCGCUGGAUAAGCAGCUUCAGAUUGAACCCCGCUUCCAGCAGGCCUUGAAGGACACCACUCUCCCCAAAGGAGCAACUGCUCAGCUAACAUGCCUUGUCAAUGGUUACCCGCAGCCGGAGGUGAAGUGGCUUCAGAAUGAGAAGCCGCUGUCUCCAUCGUCCAGAGUGACCAUGGAGCAACAUGAAGACGGGCUGUGUUCUCUAGUUGUAACGGAUUUGAAGCCUUCUGACUCCGGGGUCUAUGUUUGCAAGGCAGGCAACAAGCUGGGGGAAGCAAUGUGCUCUGCCAAACUGAAGGUGCAGAUGUGACAGUCCGGGGGGGGGGGAUCCAGCAACAACAACUUUUCUGAGACUCUUCAAAAGAAGACUGAUUUUAUUAUUGUUUUGAUAAAGCCUGGACUUUGGCACAACAUGUCAGCACAUGCCCAGACAGUUCACUGCCACAGAAAAGGUUGCUUCCAUGUAAUUUCAAGGAAAACGGGAUGUUUUGUGGUCUUCUACCACGAAAGGGAGAAUAUGGUUUGGAUACACAUUCCCACAGCCCUUGUUUCACAGGUCACCAAUUACUAGCACUAGACUGUUUUUCUUUAAAUGUGUGGUCAGCAUGUUCAGCUACCAAUUCACAAGGCUUUGUUGUACUGAAAGAAGGUGGUGAGGUCAGAAUCGUUCACAUGACAGGGUCACCUGAAAGUUGUACAUUUUGCACAUUUUAACAUGUUUUAAAUGUAAAUGUUUUAAAGGAUUUAAAAUUAAAGGCUUUAAACAAAU